AUGUCCGGAAGCAACUCUCACUACUCGCCCUUCGGUUUCCAGGUGCCCCCCUUCGCGAUGUGGCCGAUUUUCUGCCAGCCACAGUUCCAACCUAAUGGUGCCUACGUGGUCAAUGACGGCCGCCAUCUGUCACCGCCUCCUACCUCCAACUCAGCCGAAUACCACCUUGCCAGCCCCCUGUUUUCUCGGCCUGCCCGUAGCAUGUCGGUCAUGAGUCAAAUCUCGCCCAACGUCAGGGGCGAGUCUCGCAGGCAGAAUGCGGCGCGAGUCAACCGGUCUUCUUACUAUAAUGUCGCCAGUCACCACAACCAUGUCGAUGUGAACCGAAUCCGUGAGGGAACGGAUGUCCGCACAACGAUCAUGCUUCGCAACAUCCCAAACAAGGUUGACCAGGCAAUGCUCAAGAGAAUUGUGGACGAGUCUAGCUGGGGCAAGUAUGACUUCAUGUAUCUACGGAUUGACUUUGCGAACGAUUGCAAGAACUGCUUCAAGAGCGACAAGGUCGCCGAGAUUUCCUAUGCCAUCCCUGAGCUGGCAGGAGAAGAGGAACCAUUUCCUCAACCCGACAACCAAUCCAAGAUGAAGCGUAGCUGCGAGAAUGCCGAGCACGUUGGACUUUUCACGCCCAACGCUGGACAGCAUUUCCGCGACGAGCAGCGCCGCAGACGUUCGCAGUACGACAGGGGUACGAGACUGGCUGCGCUCGAAGAGCAUGACCUCGAAGCCUCGAUGCAGCCAUACAUGUACCAUUCACAGUAG